CCAUAUUUUAAAGGUCAAUCUUGUUUACAGUUAAGUAAAUGACCUUAAAUUGAACUUUGUUCGAUCGCCAUCCAGUCACACUGCCAUGCAUCAUUUUAAUGCAACGUAAUUUUAUUUUGAAACAUGAUACUAAACAAACAUAACAGCAAUGCCAUAUAUAAAAAAUAUUUUGACUGAAUAUUGUUACAACCGCGGGAGCAGAGUGUGACAAUGUCGAGUAAAGAUGCACGUAUAGUAGUUGUUGGUGCGGGUGCUGCUGGUCUGUCGGCUGCUCAUCACCUGGUUCAGAAUGGAUUUAGUAAUGUUAUAGUAUUAGAGGCUACAAACAGAAUUGGAGGAAGAAUUCAUACAGUAGAGUUCGGAGAUGGUAUUAUAGAACUUGGUGCGAACUGGAUACAUGGGACUGGCAAAGAAAAUUCCAUGUAUACACUUGCCAAAGAGAAAGGAUUGAUCAUGGAACCAUAUGUUUUCCUUGACAGUGAGAAAGAAAUGACGUUAACUGAAAGGGGUACCGAAAUUGACAAGAUCACUGUAAAAAAGGCUUGGAAAAUAAUUGAAAAAAUCGAAGACGAACUAGAAGACGGUAUCAGUUAUAAAAAGGAUUUAAAUUGUCAAGACUACAUAGAAAAACGUUUUACAGAGGAAAUAGACAAAAGAAAGAUGAACGAAGAGAAGAAAACACAGAUACAGAUGUUUUGUAAAUUAAUGAUCGGAUAUUUAGGUUUAUAUGUAGGGGAUGAUUUGAAAUUAGCUUCAGCAAAAUGUUAUGAGAUGGGAGGUGAAUAUGACGAUGAUGAUGACGUUAUUCUGUCACAUGGAUACUCUCUUUUGUUAAAGGCUUUACAAGACGAUCUUACAGAUAGCAGAGUGAAAUUUAAGAGGAAUGUUGUAAGCAUUCAAUGGAAAAGCGAACAAUCCACGGUAAAAGUCAUCUGUGAAUCACAAGACAAAACCAUUGAAGAAUAUAUAGCAGAUCACGUGAUUGUCACGUGUUCUCUUGGACAUUUGAAGCAAAAUCAUGAUAAUAUCUUUCAUCCAUCUUUGCCAGAUAAGAAAAUUAAGGCAAUAGAAAGAAUGGGAUUUGGCAGCGUCGGAAAAAUAUUCCUUUAUUAUGAAAUUCCAUUUUGGCGGAAAGAAGAUAGUGGUAUUGUACUCGCAUGGGACAGCUCAGAUGAUGAUAGUACUUCAUGGUAUAAAUCAAUAUUCAAAUUCAGCACAAUACCGACAUGUGAAAAUGUACUAUUAGCUUGGAUACAUGGUAAAGCUUCAAAACAUAUGGAAACACUUUCUAUUAAUGAAGUUGCACGUACUUGUACAGAAAUCCUACGAAAGUUCUGGAAAAAUAAAGAAAUUCCGGAGCCUACAUUAACCGAAACGUCUUCCUGGAGCAGGGACCCCUCUUUUCUCGGAGCAUAUAGUUAUUUCGCAGUCGAUUCACAUAAAUCAUGUAUUUCAGAUAUUGCUGAACCGUUGUUUGUAGCAGAUAAACCCAUUGUGUGUUUCGCUGGAGAAGCAACUGACUCAAAAUGGUUUUCGUACACACAUGGAGCAAGAUCCUCUGGAAUUCGAGAGGCUAAUCGAAUUCUCAACCUUUCCAGUUCUUCGAAAUAAAUAGUAAAAAGCAUGAAAUACUUGUACAAGGAACCUCAUGCUAUAUUAGAUUUGAAUAAAAGGAGAUAUGGGGUAUUCUUCAAUGAGACAGCAAACGACAAUAAAUCUAUCGAUAUGUCCGGAUCGAGUCUACUGUAGAAAAGUUGUUCAUGAAUUAAACAGAAGCCUAGACAAGGUUUUUUUAUGUAUUAAACAGAAGUCUAGUUAAGUUGUUUAUGAAUUAAACAGAAGUCUAGACAAGUGGUUUAUGAAUUAAACAGAAGUCUAGACAAGUUGUUUAUUAAUCAAACAGAAGUCUAGACAAGUGGUUUAUGAAUUAAACAGAAGUCUAGGCAAAUUGUUUAUGAAUUAAACAGAAGUCUAGACAAGUUGUUUGUGAAUUAAACAGAAGUCUAGAAAUGUUGUUUAUGGAUUAAACAGAAGUCUUGACAAGUAGUUUAUGAAUUUAGGAAGAGUCUAGACAAGUGGUUUAUGAAUUAAACAGAAGUCUAGACAAGUUGUUUAUGAAUUAAACAGAAGUCUAGACAUGUUGUUUAUGAAUUAAACAGAAGUCUUGACAUGUGGUUUAUGAAUUAAACAGAAGUAUAGACAAGUUGUUUAUGAAUUAAACAUAGGUCUAGACAAGCUGUUUAUGAAUUAAACAGAAGUCUAGACAAGCUGUUUAUGAAUUUAACAGAAUUCUAGAAAAGUUGUUUAUGAAUUAAAAAUAGUAAAUCAAA